AUGCCAUGCAUGAAUAGUAAUAAUUCUGAGUUAUUUUUAAGUAAAUUGAUACAAGAAUUUAACUUAGAUUCAAUAAACAAUGAAGGACAUUUACAUAUAUUACAUCAAGCAGAAAAAUUAUUUUUGAAAGUAUUUGAUGUAGAAGACAGUAUAGAUACUCUUAUUGAUAAAUUAAUCGUACUUUUAAUUAAAACACAUGAUGAGGGAAAUGAUUUUAAUGAAACAAAACAUUUCAUCAUUCAAUGUAUAUUUCAUUCAAACAAAAAUUCAAAUGAUAUUUUUGAAUGGCUUAAAGAAAAUCAAGUGGAAUCAAAACACGUCUUUCUCUUGGGAUUUUUCUAUUUUAAUAAUAUCAAUUUUGAAAAAAAUGAAAAUGAAGCAUUUCAACUGUUUUUAUGUGCUUCAACAAAUGAUUAUCCUAUUGCACAAGUUUAUCUUGCGAAAUGUUAUGAGAAUGGAUGUGGAAUUGAAAUAAAUUAUAAUUUAGCUUUUCAUUGGAUACAAAAAGCCGUAAGAAAUAAUAGUAUCUUUGGAAAACUUAACCUUGGUAUUUAUUAUGAAAAAAGUAUAGGAAUUGAAAAAGAUUUGAAAAAAGCUUUUUAUUUAUAUCAAGAAGCGGCAGAUAAUGAAAAUUUAAGUGGAUUAUAUAAUUUGGGUAGAUGUUACGAAUUGGACUUGGAAUUUGUUACUAUUUAG